AUGGUCGAAGGAACAAAGUAUGCCGUGCUCAUUGACGCAGGAUCUAGCGGGUCUCGGGUCUAUGUCUAUGAAUGGACAGUCGAUCGCGGAGAAAUGUCCAACACGAAGAUUGAUUUGGUCAAUGGCUAUACCAGCAAAAAGACCAAUCCCGGUAUUGCCACCUUGGCUCCUGUGAUUGCAACCAUCAAGGCAGUCGACCUGGAUGCCCCCGUGCAUCUCUCUGAACAGCUUCCGCAAGCGACAACUGCUAAGAUAUCUGCGGAGACACUCGACAGAGUGAAGAAAUACCUCGGCCCACUCCUCGACCAUGCCUGUACUUUCAUUCCAAAGUUGGAGAUUAGGACCACUCCACUGUUUAUACUGGCAACGGGCGGCAUGCGGCGUAUCGAGCUCACCCAAUACGAGUCUUACCAGGUCCUCCUCAAUGCCAUCAACACCUAUCUCUCCAGCACACAAUUCGAGAAGACCACGUAUGCCACAAUAUCCGGCGAGGACGAGGCAAUGUAUGGCUGGGUGGCUGCGAACUUUGUCGACGGGGCCUUCAAGUCAGGCGGCACCCCACACGGGUUCAUGGAGCUCGGCGGUGAGAGUGCACAGUUUGCGGUAUCCAUCAAGCGUGAUGAAGACCACGGUGAAUACGAUGGGCCCCUUCGUCUGGUGAAUAUCUGGGACACGACCUACGACGUCUAUGUCAAGACCUGGAUGGGAAUCGGGAAUGACAGCGCGUGGAAGCGCCACCUCGAGAGGCUACGCGCAAGUGAUAGUGCAAUGCCGCUGGACCCAUGCCUGCCCAAAGGAUACUCGUAUCGUCUGUCGGGAUCUGACAAGAUUGUGAUGGGCACUGGAGACUUUUCCGCGUGCAUGAAGGAAGCCCUCUCGCUGCUGGAUUGUCCCGACCCCCAGUGCCGUGACGGUGAUCUCUGCAUCUAUCGUUGCAAGAGCAACGGGAAUUCCGACUGCCCAGAGUCCGUGGGAUGUCUCCUCCGCGACGAAAAGACCGGGCACCCGCUGCUGAAGUUUGACAAGGAGAAAUUCAGUGGUGCGUCUGUGUACUGGCACGCCACGCAUGGCAUCUUUCGCAGCUCGGGAGACAACGAAAAGGAGGAUUUCAAGGCAUUCUGGGACACUGUUGUGGAUUAUUCCAAGAGGGACUGGGAAACCUUGAAGGCCGACAGGCCCAGGGAGCGCGCGUCAGACUACAAGCACCUCCGACGCGGAUUCUUCACGGCGGCGAUAGUGAUGAGUACGUUAUUCCUAGGGUUUGGGAUCCCUAUGCCCCCUCAGGCUGUAAAGGCCGCCCGCGAAUACGCCACCGAGAGAGUAAAGUAUGCCAAGAUAGCCGCAGAGAAUGCGGAGGAGGAUGCGCAGGAUGGAUCAACGGUGGCCUACGCAGCCCUCGAGCGCAAACUGAAGGCGGCGGAGAGGGCGGAAACGGAAGCCAUCGAGGCAAACGCUGCAAAGGAGAAGGAAGAUAGGGAAAACGGAUCGGUCUCACAGACAGAGAUAAACGCGGAUAUCAAGGAACUCAAAGAGAUAUUUCUGGCCGUACCCAAUGAGGCCAAUAGAGAAGACCUCAUGCUCGCCGUCCAAGACACCGAAAGAGCAGGCGAUUACCUUGAUACUUGCAAACUGAAGGCCAAGGAGGCAAGGAGUGACAGGAAGAAGGCAGCAGAUGACGCAAAACAGGCAUACGACAAGCUUCUCCGCGCAAAAACGGCAAACAGAUCUAUUACCCGUAUGCAGGCGAGGAUCUGCAACGGCAAAACGGUAGACGACAAGCUGGAGGAGGCGUACAAUAACCAGGACGAUAGUAACAAGUACUCCAGUCUCAAGGACGCCGACUGGACAUUGGGUAGGAUAGUUCUCCAUGUCGUUGGAUGUACUCCAAAGAUUGUAACAAAGGAGGGGUGGUUUGGUCGAGUGUCCGAUUAG